GUAAAACCACCCAAACCUACCACCACUGCACCUAUAGCAAGUGUCUGCCCUGCUCAGAGCACACAGGAACCACGUAAAUUAAGUUAUGCUGAAGUUUGUCAGAAACCUCCUAAGGAGCCUACACCAGCUCCAGUUCAGCCACUUCGUGAGCUUCGCUCCAACAUAGCACCACCUGCCAAAAAUGAAGAAAGCACUACUCCAGAGAAAAACACUGAAAAGCCUCAUGAGAAGCUUGAAGGAAAAGUCAAAGAUUCCCCUGGAUAUCGCAACAAUGGAACCCAGAGAGGAGGUGCAGGGAAAAUCAGGGAACAGAGACGACAGUUUGGACGCAGGUCUUCACCUCAGGGAGCAACACGGCGUAAUGGCAAGGAGCAAUAUGUGCCACCCAGAUCACCAAAGUAA